AUGCUGCACUACCGCGGGCUCUUCCCGCAGCUCCGCCGCGAGGUCGCCCUGCAGUCCUUCGCGGGCCGCCACAGCCGCCAUGUCCUGCGCCUGCACGCCUACUUCUGGGACCACGACCGCGUCUUUCUCGUUUUGGAGUACGCCGAGGGGGGGGAUUUGCUGAGCUUCGCCGAGGCUUUCAGCGGGUCGGGGGGGCAGGGCCUGCCGGAGGGCGUCGUGGGGUCCGUCGUCAGCCAGAUCGCCUCCGCGCUGGCUUUUUUGCACCGCUACGGCAUCCUCCACCGGGAUGUGAAGCCGGAGAACGUCCUGAUCAAACACGGACGCGUCAAGCUCGCGGACUUCUCGUGGGCCGUUCGGCUUCGCGGGGGGGCCGGCCACCCGCCGGAUCCUCAGAUGAGAAGCCGCACGAGCUGCGGAACGCUAGAUUACCUCGCGCCGGAGCAGAUCGCGCAAAAGGGGUGCACCGAGAAGGCGGAUAUGUGGGCGUUAGGGGUGCUUACCUAUCGACUUCUCUGCGGGAGGUUGCCGUUCGAGCACGCCUCAGCGGCCGAAACGCGGCGGCUGAUUACCCAUGGCACUGUUUACUACCCGUCAUGGCUUUCCCACCACGCCCUAUCGUUUAUACAGGCUUUAUUAUGCGUCGUGGAGGUAGAGCGUCUGAGCGCCGUCGAGGCCUUGGGCCAUCCUUUUUUGAGAAACGUCUUUCCCUCGCUCUCGUCGGAGCGGCCGGGUUCGGAUUGUUUGUCUUCCACGUUGAAGGAGGAGAAGCCGACCCUCACCGCGUCGCUUCCUACGCCUUCUUUUUCCAUUCCAGGGAGAUCCACCGCUGCCGGCGAAUUUUAUUCGACUGUGAACAAGAUGAUUCACACGGCCUCGUUCAACUCGUUAAAGUCGUGUUCUAGUAAAUCCUCCUCGAUGAAUUUGUUGAAUAGAAUUUCAUCUUUUGGAGGCGGAGCUGCGCGGAGUGUGCGUCAGGCAGGGGAGGUGGAGCCGAGUGGGGUCAGUUCGAGGUGGGGUGAAGUCUCUGAGAGCACCGUCUCAACCUCCGCGAGAAAAGACGCUAAACUUGAAAAGGAAAAGACCCUCAUCGCGAUGGGCAUGAAAUCCCCGACGAACCUCACCAGCGUGGAUGUUAGCAGCCUCAGCGAGGCCUCUUUCACGGCAAGCAGCAGUGCAGAGGUUUGGUCGCUCAGCGAGGAAACAGGGAAACUAUCACCACGCGUGCCUUUGAUUUCUCGCAAUCUCAAUACUACGUAUACUACGACCAUUACUUCUACCUCUACUACUUCUAUGAUUAAUCUAAAUCGCGUGCUGAAGCCUGUCCCUUUGGAUGCCUCUUCCACGUCCCUUUCGGCCGUUGCUAUGGAGGAGUUUAGCGGGCAGAGUACCCAACAGGGGCUCAGCCUCAGCUUGCACGCGAAUACGCAGGGGAGCCUCUCGCGGCCCUCCGUUUCGUGGCUUUCGCAGGACUCUAUCAAUCGCUCUUUGGAGCCUCAACGAGAAAAGGAGGGGGCGAUUCCGCUUCGUUUGAACAAACAAACGAAAAGUAGGGCAGAAAGGAAAUCCCUUCUUUACAAAAACUGGGAGGAGGGCGGUGGCGUGCGAAGAGGGGGGGAUUGCGCGCAGCGGUUGUGUUUUGAUGAGCUGGUGGAGGAUGAGGACUCACAGGGGGAGACGACCUUGCCGCUGGCAUCGCACCCGCCAGGGGGGGAUUCGUCCCCGUUUCCGAAAUAUUUUAUCUCCCCCCGGCGAUCCUCAACGCCGAGGUGGAAACUCCCGCCGAGGUUGGUGGAGGAGACCGAGUGCGAGGGGGCGUCCGAGGGAACAAUGAGCUCGCUUUCGAUUUCCCCUGUCAAACCUUUCGAUUAG